AUGGCGUCGGCGGCGGCGGCGGCGGCGUCCGACGAGCCCCCGCGCAAGCGCGCCCGAAGCGCCGGCGCGGAGGACCGGCUGAGCGAGCUGCCGGACUGCCUCCUGCACGACAUCCUCGCGCUGGUCGGGUCCCGGCAGGCAGUGCGGACGAGCGUCCUGUCGCGGCGGUGGCGGGGCCUGUGGCGCUCGGCGCCGCGCGUCGACAUCGACCAGCGGGAGUUCCGCCGCGCGUGCGGGGGCGAGGAGGGAGAGCCGGUGGUGGACUGCGACGGCUUCGAGGACUUCGCCGACGGCAUACUGUCGCCGACGCUCCUGGGCGGCACCGGCACGCCGCCGCUGGACGCGUUCCGGCUGCACCUGCUCUACGAGGGGAGGUUCAUCACCUUCGGGAGGUGGGUCCGCCGCGCGCUCACGCGCCGCCCCGCGUCGGUCGACAUCCACGUCGAGUACGGCGGCACGGUCGACUGGCCGCCGGCGCUCACCCUCGGCGACGGCGCCGGCACCGGCCGCCUCAAGCGGCUGCACCUCUUCGGCGUGCACCUGGGCUUCAUCUCCGGCGACGGGGGGCGGCUCGCCGAGCUCCUCCCGGUCCUCGAGGACCUGCGCAUGGAGAGCUGCACGUUCGGGCACGAGCCAUCAUCACCCACCACCACCAUCGCCAUCCCCACGCUCAGGAGCCUCGCCCUCGCCGUCGUGCCCCGCCGCACCGCGAGGCCCUACGCGCUGACCGUCGCGUCUCCCCGCGUCGCCUCCCUGCGCCUCUUCCUCCCGUUCAGCCGCACGCGCGCGGCCGCGGUGCGCGUCGCCCCCGCGGAGGAGGGCGAGGCGCUCGCGUCGCUCGUCACCGCGUCGAUCACUGUCCUCGAGACGGACCAAGAGUUGAAUCGGCGCAUGAACAAACACAAGCUCGACUUCCUGGCAUCCACCCGCAACAUGCUCGACCGAUUCCCCAAUGUCAGAAACCUAGAUUUGUCAGGGUUCCCCACAAUUGCACUGCUAGACAAGGCAUCCCAAGAAUUCCCAACGCUCCCUAGCUUGACAACCUUGCUUCUCAGCGAAUGCGAUGUUGGAGCCAACUGCUACGUGCUGAAGAGCGUCCUCCGGAACGCCCCAAACUUGGAGCAUCUUAGAUUGCACCGUUGCAAGUUCUUAGGUACGCCGAAGAGGAAGCGGGGAAACUCCAGGUCGAAGGGGAAAUCUUCUUCCACAUGCCUUGACUCGCUAUCUUCCAAGUGCAAGAGCUUGCAGUCAGUGGAGAUCAAGUUUCGGCCAAUUGAUAAUGCUCGUCACCACGACCUUGUAGGGUUAUUGAAAGAAUGUUUCAAUUCAAAUGUUUUGUUUGAGUUCAUUGAGGAUGGUUCAAAGCUUAGAGCGCCUGUUGAAGGGCAUUGCCUAUCACCGUUUCCCGUCCUGCACACCCUUUGCGUCUACGAUGGUGUGACAACAGAAAAGGUUUGCACGAAGAGUCAGUCAGGUUCUUUCGACACCAAGGUGAUCCUAGCAAUUCCUAUGCUCUUGUAA